CUAAGUAUGUACAGGUCUGUCUAUGUUAAGGUCUGUCUAUGUUUAGGUCUGUCUAUGUUUAGGUCUGUCUAUUUCUGUCUAUGUUUAGGUCUGUCUAUGUACAGGUCUGACUAUGUACAGGUCUGUUUAUGUUUAGGUCUGACUAUGUACAGGUCUGUCUAUGUACAGGUCUGUCUAUGUACAGGUCUAAGUAUGUACAGGUCUGACUAUGUAAAGGUCUGA